AAUAAUUAAACCAUGUACAUAGAAUUCGCACUAACUUUUCAGAACGCGAUAAUAAAUAUAUAUAUAUAAAUACAACACAUUUAUACUGUAAGUCAUGAGUAAGGAAUUUGACCAUAUAGUGAAGGCUGGUACUGAUCUAUAUAAGUUGAUCAUUGAGGAGAUAUCAAAUCAAUCAGUUAAGAAAUAUGGUGGUGAUAAGUAUACAUUCGAACAAUUGACUAAUUGGAGACAAGUUGAGUUACCAUCUAUACUUGAAGAAAGAUUCAAAAGUAAAAAGCACACUUGGUUAACAAAGGAUGAGUUAGUGUUACUAAUGGACUGGAAACUUGCAGCCGGUAAGUUCAGACCUAUGUUACCAAAGUUAAUUAAGAGCAAUGAAGCUGACGUGGUCAAGGAGACUACAACAGCUGGUUUUGAUAUUUUGCUACAAUUCAAAGACAGAUUUGGUACCAAACAAUAUCAAGACACAGUUAAAAGCUCUUUGAAAAAGUUAUCUGAAUUGAGAGGAGUAGGACCAGCUACAGCUAGUUUGAUGUUGUCUUUGCUCCAUAAGAUAAAUGAAAAGCUUGCUCCCCCAUUCUUCAGUGAUGAAAGUUUCAUUUAUUACGUGGUAGAGCCAACGCGUCCAGGAACACCCAUCAAAUACAAUGUAAAAGAAUAUAUUGAAGAACUCUUGCCUGUAUACUUCAAACUUGUGAGUAAUAGAAAAGACAUCAGCAUACAGGUGUUCGAAAGAGGUGCUUGGUCACUUGAACAAAUCUAUUUGAAUAGACUUCAUAAAUUAUCCGAUGUGAAAAUACCGUUUACUGUCGAUGAAACAGACAUUAAAGCAUUUAAUGAUACAGAUGGAUCAAACUCUACAAAGAAGGAGGAUCUAGACGAUGGUCCUCAAAAGAAGAAAAGACGGAAGUAGAUUGAUUUAUAAUAAA